AAACAUGGCCAUGGCGGAGCUAAGGUUGAACAGAUUGCAAGUCCUAAGAAACCACCUAUCCCUCCAUAAUAGGAGAGUUGGAGAGGGUUCAGAUGCAUUUAGCAAGGGGAAAGUGAAUAUUUGUCCAUUGCCUUCUUCAGCAACUAGCCAGUCGCUAAAGAUGGAACUGGAAAAAAUUGGCGUGAAUGAUGUAGAAGUGGAGCCAUCACCUCCGGGUUUGGAAGAGGAAUAUAGUCAGAUCCUUACACCUUCUGCCAUUAGAUUUGUUGCCGAUCUUACAAGACAAUUCAGUAACCAAGUAGAUUUGAUGUUGAAGCAGAGGAUGAAAAAAAAAUUGGAAUUGGACCUGACUGGCAACAUACCCUUCUUCCCUGACAAUCCAGAGGUAAGAGAAAGUAAUUGGAGAGUGGCACCAGUACCUAGAAGAAUUGUAUGCAGGAAAUUAGACUUGGGCGAUGUAUCCCCUUCAAACACCGAGAAGUUUAUUGAAGCUCUGCUGUGUGAUGUGAAUGGAAUACAGACAGAUUUUGAUGAUGGUCACUGUCCCACAUGGAGAAACCAGUUGCGAGGUCUUCACAAUGUCUAUAAGGCUGUGUUUAACCAGUUUCCUGAUGUACCUGACAUUUCAAAAGUACCUGUUCUGAUGUUACGUCCAAGAGCAUGGAACAUGAUAGAGCAUAACAUGAUUGUUGAUGGGAAGGAAGUCCCAGGUCCAUUGUUUGAUUUUGGUCUCCUGAUGUACCACUGUGCUGCCCAUCUUGUUGCAAAGGAGAGUGGACCAUUUUUCUAUUUGUCUAAGCUGGAAGGAGCUAAUGAGGCCAAGUUAUGGAAUGAAAUCUUCUGUUGGGCACAGGAGAAACUUGACAUUCCUCAUGGAACAAUAAAAGCAUGUGUUCUGAUUGAGAAUGUUCUGGCUUCAUUUGAGAUGGAAGAAAUACUCUUUGAAUUAAAGGACCAUUCUCUUGGGUUAAAAUGUGGCAUCUGGGAU